AUGAAGUCUCUCAUCACGGCCAUUGGCGCCGCCACGCUCGCGAGCAGCGUGGCGGCCCAAGUAGCCGGCAAACCGGCGGUUCUGGAUCCCGCAAAGGACAUCAUUCCCAUUAUUCCAUCGGAUGCCCUGAAGAACGUGGAGGGAGACUGGAAAUAUGACGCCUGUCACAAGAUUGACACUUCAGUCUCCGGUGGUUUCAUCUGGCCUUGUGCCUCACAGCUCAAGAUUCUCGUGGAAUCUUGCCCUACGUCUGCCAGCUCCGCCGAGCAGCGCAAGGCCCAGCGAGACUGCGUCUGCGGCAAGGGCAGCUCAUUCUUGCGAGACGCCGUUGCCUGUUCCGAAUGCAAGAUGCAGAAUGGUCUGCAGCCAGACAAUCAGCGCGACUUCUGGAAAGAGUACUACGCAGCCCUGGAUAAGGAGUACUGCCAGCCCGAACAGGUCGCUGUCGACUACAACGAGUUCGCCAGACAGUUGACUGAGAGGAAGUCACCACCAGCCGGAGUCAUUACUGGUAACCCCCUGGAUGGCAAGAUCGCCGACCCUAGGGAAUACUACAGAUUGGCUGGCGUUGACGUCCCGGAGAAGCAGGGCCCGGGCAAAUCUACGCCUGCUGUCCCCCAGCCUGGCGCCAACAACAACACCGUCAAGGCCAACACCACCAUCGUCAAUGACCCCGUGGCCGGACAGGUUGUCGUUCCCGCCUUUAUUGCCGUCGAGGUCAACAACAAGACCUCUGGGGCCAACACCGCCUCCGUUACGCCGACGCCUUCUGCUGCCGGCUCGCAGCCCACCACCUUGAUGCGUGUCACAUCUUGGAAUUCUACUGCAAAAGCCACUGCCUCUUCUCUGUCACCCUCGAGCUCGCUGGUCCCUGCCUCUGGCCCUAACAGUGGCGCUAACCUCGCGCAUGUCAUUUUGAUCAACGGCAAGCUUUGCCACGUCUACAUUAUCUGGGUCACCAUUGAUUGCUCCCCCAAGAAGGACGCCCAGGGAAAGCUUUAUAUCGAAUACAAAAACACCGGAAUCGACAACAACAAGCCCAUAUCCAUGCUAGAGGACAAGGAGCAGUUCGACAAGAUCAAGGACACCAUGCACGAUGCCAGCAAGGACAAGAACUGUGCAAAGCAGUUGAAGGAAAUCGUCGGUACCGAAGCCAAGGUCGUUACGUCUCCUGGAAAUAACAAGCCGCUUCCCCCCCCUGAGAAGCCGACCGCUGGGGAGUCCAAGGGGUCUAAUGUCAACGCCGGACCUGACACUUCUGACAAGCCUGUUACCGGUACCAAGCCUGCUGCUGGCAAUAACACUCCCGGCGUCUCGAGUAACGAUGAUGAUUGCGUUGACGAAGCUGUCCCCAGCGGUGCCAACACUCCCGGUAACGGUUCUACCAAUGUCCCCAGCACCCAGAACACCCAGAGUCCUCCCAGCGGUGGCGCCGAGACCCUUGUUCCUGGCCCUAACGGCACCAAGACGACUCCUAAUUCUCCUGCCCAGAACUCCGCUAGCACUCCCGGUGACCAGGCUGGCAGCAAUACUCCCGUCAACUCUGGUAGCCAGCCUGAAACCAAGGAUUGUGACUGCCCCCCUGGCAGCAAGACCCCUGAGCGCAAGGAUGCAACCGAGAUCUGCGCCAAGAAGGUGAAGACCGAGACAGACUGCAAGAAGGAGUCUGGAGAGAAUAUGCGAAAGUGCUUGUGCUCCGAGGGAAGCUUCAAGGACCAGCGAUUUUUCGAUGAGGCAAUCAUUUGCUCACGACGAUCUGCCGACUGUCUUUGGGGAGAGUAUGGGGCCCAAGUGUUCUUCCAGACCAAGUAUCUCUACUGUGAUCUGAAGUUGUUUGGAGACGACUUCGCCGCGGCGUACAAGAACGUGUCAGAUUCUUGGACAGCAAGAGCCCCGAGCGCCUCUCUCAUGUAA